AUGCAUUACACCAAAAUUGCCCUGCUUGCCCUGACCGGCCUGGCCAUGGCCCAUCCCGGUGCCCAUGAGCCCAACUCUUACACCCAUGUUGCGAAGAGAAACUUCCUGCACAACGCACGCAGCACUCUUGAUAAGUGCGCGGACAAGUUGGAGCAGCGCGGAGUCAACUCCCGCGCCCAAGCCCGUCGUGCCGCCCUCAUGCACGCCAACAAAAAGCGUGCCAUUUUCUCCCGUGAUACCGACAAGGUCGUGAACACUUCGCACCAUUCCAAUCUCCACGUUACCCCGAACACACCUGAAACAGAGUUGUUCUCCAAGAACCCCGUCUGCAUCCUGGCACCCGAGGGCGAGGUCGGUCCCUUCUGGGUGAAGGGAGAGUUGAUCCGUUCCGACAUCCGCGAUGGACAAGCUGGCAUUCCUAUCAUCCUUGAUGGUCAGUUCAUUGACAUCAACACCUGCGAGCCUAUCAAGAACCUCUACUGGGAUGUGUGGAACUGCAAUGCCACUGGCGUCUACUCCGGAGUUCAGAGCUCCAUGAACGGCAACGGCGACGAUGCCUCCAACCUGAACAAGACUUUCCUGCGCGGUAUUCAAAAGACCGACUCUGACGGUGUCGCUCAGUUCAAGACUCUGUUCCCGGGUCACUACUCUGGUCGCGCUACCCAUGUUCACGUCAUUGCCCACACAGAUGCUCAUGUGCUGCCAAACAACACCCUCACCGGUGGCCACAUCUCUCAUAUCGGUCAGCUGUUCUUUGACAAGGAGCUUAUCACUACUGUUGAAGCUACGUACCCGUACAAUACUAGCACCGUUGCCAUCACUGAGAACGCCGAUGAUCACGUCGUCCAGGACGAGACUGAGGAUUCCAACUCCGAUCCCUUCUUUGAAUAUGCCUACCUCGGUGAUACUAUCGAGGAUGGUCUGCUUGCCUGGGUCACUCUGGGUGUCAAUGUUUCUGCUAGCCAUGACUCUGACUCUUCCUACGCUGCGAGUCUCACUUCCUCAGGUGGUGUGGCAAACUCAGACAGCAUGUUCCGCUAG